AUGCCUCCCCUCCCCUCCCUCCCACCCUUUUACAGCCCCCUGGGUCGCGAGGCCCGCCAGCCUCUGGUCGAUCCCCCCCUCGGCCACGUGUCGUACACGUGUCGUCCACGCACACAGUGCUCAACUACUAGGUACAAGCCUCCUGCUUGUCUCGCACAGUACCCUUGGUACCCAGUGCCCGCCGCUGCCAGCGGCCAAAAACGGGCACGCACCAUCAGAUGGCGUUGUGCCAGCAACCCCUUUCUUGCCCUUGCUACCUUUGUUAGCCCACGCAUGUCCUCCUCCCCCAAAACCCGCCCCUCCUCCGCUGCAUUAUUGCAUCUUUCCAUACACCUCCAUAACAUCCAGGCCCAUCCCUUCCCUAUCAUGAAGCGCCGACGACCCUCCCCGCUCGCCACCCCUCUCCUCCUCCUCGCCCUGCUGCUCCCCUCCCUCCGCGCCCAGCCCGAGCACAUCGACCUGACAGACGACGACCCCACUAUCGCACGCCUCCUGAAUCUCAACUUUAACAGCACCCAAGUCUACACCGUCGCCUUCUCCGAUGCCGGCCAUGUGCGCGCGGAGUUCCUCAGCAACCAGCCCAUGGAAGACCUCGUGGACCACGGCCGGACGUAUAUCUUCCUGGCCGCCGCCGACAGCGGCAAGGACUCCCUCAUCUUCACGGACGGGUUCGCGUCCGACGUCCGCGCGGAGUUCAACAAGGAGACCGACGGCUUCGAAUGCUCGCGUUCCACCCCGUGUUUUCUCAAAGACGAUCGCGUCGCCAUCGACGCGCAAGCCGUCUAUACACACGCCACGCGCGCCGUCGUCUCGCUCCCGGUCACCAAAGACGCCCAGAUCAGCGUCACCGUGCGCAACUUGGAUCGCGGAGUUCUCUUCGGCGAGCAGCCCCGUAUGCUCCAGCCGCGCCUCCGCGGCUGGGUCCGCUUAUCCUUUGCGAAGGCGGAAGACCAGCUGCCGUGCCCCGGCUUCACACUGAGGGAAGAGGGGGAGGAAGGGAUUAAAAAGGGCACUUGGUGUUCGGGGAAUGGUCGGUGCGGGACGGGCAAGUGCAAUUGUAAAGAGGAGUACCGGGGGUUGGCUUGCGGCACGCAGGUAGAAUCGUUUGAAGAUUUGCGCGACGGGGACGGGAACGUCGCGCUUGAGCUGGAGCCUUUCGCUCGCAAAGUCAUCAGCUGGACGCAGAAAGAGGAAGAGUCGCGCGUGCAGAUCAUCUUGCGGACAGAGGAGGGGAGCAUGGACGAGAGGAACGAGGAGAAGACCAGGUUUAACAUGGCGUACAAGGUCCCUGAGGAAAACAACUCUCCGUACCUGGAAAACGCGAGCGAGCUCCCAUCGGAAUACGAGUUAAAAUCCAAUCUGUGCGGCAGCUUCAAGCAAGAAAAAGGUAAGCCGCCGAGUUACGCGUGCGUUCGGAAUGCGCCGCUGAAGAAGGAUGCAAUGUUCGUCAUCGGAUUUAUCACGGAAGCCAUCGGCACCGAAGAAAAGUCACCUAGCAAGGUCAAGUUCAAGUUCCGCGUAGAGCGUUGCGGUAUCGAAGGAAAUCAGUGCCUGCGCAUCGUCUCGGAGGACCAGCUUAAUUUUCCCCUCGUCAUUGUGCUGGUUUGCGGUGCGACCAUCUGCUUCACGGCGAUCGCUAUUGCUGUCAUGCUAUGGCUUGACAGGCAGCAUGGCUUCACCAAUUCGGUCGAUAGGCUCUCGGUCAAGGAACUAGAUCGCAUGUACCCCUCCCACCGGUUUCGGACAGCACCGCGAGCCCCGACGGACAGCGUGGCGGAGGAUGACUGCUUGAUUUGCUUGUCCAGGUUUCAGGAGAACGACGUUGUGCGCCAACUGGAAUGCGAACAUAUUUAUCACAGCGAGUGCCUCGACCCAUGGGUAACUCAAAACAAUGCCUCCUGCCCGGCCUGCCGCUGCGACGUGCGGAUACAAAGCCUCUCCGACCGCCGGCGACUACGCCGCGUGGUCACCUUCUUCCUAUUCCCCAUUGUGUGGGUGCGAAACCUGCGCGUAAGACAAAGCGGAGAGGCUAUCAGUGCGGACACCGGCAGCGCAAGCCCUCCUGACCUCGAAUCGGGCCCGGAGACACCCGUAUCCUCGGAACCUGAGCGUUUGAGGAGGCACGCGAGAGAAGGAGGAGAGACGGGUGAGGUCGAACAGCUAGAAGAAGUCAUUCAACGGCUGCCGGGGGGUACGUGAUCGUGUUGUGGAGACGUAGAUAUUUGUAGCACUGGUUUUCGUUUUGCAAGUGUUCAGGUCCGCGUGCCCAUGCAUCACUUUGUAGACAGUGCAUCGUCAGUUUGCAAUUCAACUGGUCACCGUACCGCGAUCUCCCAUGACGGUUCGGGGAUGCCCGCGCAUCGGAAAGGGCACCGAAAGGGGUUAGUCUAGCCCAACUUUAGACUAUGUCCAUUUUUAUGUAUGUAUAUGUACAA